AACGGUUGGUCCGUUGGUCAGCCAAGAUUACAGAGCAAUAAACAAGAUUACAAGACCGAAUACGUUUCCGUAACAUAACGGUCGGUCCGUUGGUCAACCAAAUCCAUCCUAUCGGACCAGAUGACGAGGUUGCUGUCUCAGACGUUCCGGUCUGUAAAACUUAAAGCAUCCUCAUCAAAACCACCACCACCACAACAACAACAACCAUCCUCAUCCUCAUCAUUGCCCCGAUCAAGAAAAACACGAGCAAAAUCGAGCUCAAAUUCGAAAUCGAGAUCAUGGUCUGUGUAUCUUAUUCUCUCUACCAACCACCCGAUCAAGACUUACGUUGGUGUCACCACCAAUUUCUCUCGCCGCUUGAAACAACAUAAUGGCGAGCUUAAAGGAGGUGCAAAAGCAUCCCGUGCAGGAAGGCCGUGGAUUUGUGCAUGCAUAAUUCGCGGUUUUAAUGACCGAAGUGAAGCUUGCAAGUUUGAAUCAAAAUGGAAAAGCUUUUCAAGGAAAUUUCCUCGAAAAAGGAUAGAUGAUGACCAGAUGAAGCAGAGCAGGAAGGACUCGCACCGACUCCUGCAACAUAGGAAGACUGCCCUCGAUAGGGUUAAAGGUUCAUUUGAUCUUAGUCACUUAGAAAUUGACUGGAAAUUGAAUACUUUCUGAUUUUGAUAAUAUGCAAUCACGUUCGACACAUUUUAAGUUAUAUUGCAUUCUUUGAGCGACACUAUUGCAUAUCACUCCUACCAUGAUUUGAUCAUUGUAUAUUUACACUUGACACAAUUCAAUAUAUUCUUUUCAUUGUAUUCACAAUAUCUUCCUUCAAUGUGACUCCAAUUAAGCAGUAUUUCAAAGUAAUACAACCAUUUAUAGUCCAAAUACUGACAAGGUUACCAUUGAGACUUCACAGCAUUUCAAAUUCAUGUGGUCUGCUAAUGUAACACAUUUGAGAUUAUCUAUCACCUUCCAUAAUCUGUAUGAAUGACUCGAUCCGGUUGCUAGCAAUCUGAAAAAUAAAUCUGCAUUGUUCCCUCUUUUGAAGAGUCAGAGGGAACUUCCAAGCAUAAGGAUCCAGAAAUUGGAGUAUGUCAGUGUGCAUGAAGUUACUGGAAAGGUAAUUAGCUAAUGGCAUGUCUCAGUUACUACCCUGUGCAGACAAGCUGUCUAUCUGAGUCCCAUCUGCCUCAAAGUUGUCAGUUUGUUGCAUCCUUCUAUCUCCAGCAGCUAAACUGCUCAAGUGCUUCCAAUGACCAUACAACUCCUUCACUGCAGCAAGCCAGCCUGAAACUCCUAAACAAUGUGAAGGAGGCAAGGGAGGAGAGAUUAGUCAUACGUCUGAGAAUCAUCUGAUUACACUUCUAUGUGAAGUUUAUGAAAAGACGGAGAGGGGAUAGUCUUAUUCGAAUCUCUUAACUGUGGACAAGCAGAAAUGUAAAGAUCUUCAGACAAGUUUUCUAACAAAAGCUUAUGGAGACAAGAAAAACUUAUCACGAGAAGUCCAGACUUCUCAAUCCAACACGUUCCUGAACGGUAGAGUUUCUAGAGAUUGGAAAGGCUUGAAAGGAGAACCAGGCCCAUAAAACUUAUUGCCCACAGAUAGAACUCUAUCUGCGCCUCUAUGAUCAAGUGUCUGAGUGUGGAUAAUUGACGCAGUGAAUGGAAACAAUGUGCAUUAUCUACAACAACGGAUAUCCAGCCUUAUUAGACUUGGGAUCGAUUACUAGUACAAGAUGGUAAUUCUAUACCACCAUAUAACGCAAGUGUGAGCUUUUACAGAUUUUUAAGAGUUUGCAACAAUAAGAUGAUAAGAUUUUCUUCCUUUU